ACCAGAUGUCUGCUACCAAAGAGUUCAGAAAAGCAGAAACACUGCUAACAUUUUUCUUGCUGUCACCAAAGGGUAUUAUAGUAAUUAAGUGCCACUAAAAAUCAAAACGCCACUCAAUUAAUCAAGAAUUAAGGGGUGCCCCAGAUCAAAUUCUUCUCUAUUUAACGUUGCGUUAGGCCUAAUUAAAGUUCUCUCCUUUUUCACCCUCUUUCUCUAUCUGAUAUUACUGAGGGUGUUCUACAAAUGACUUCACACCAAAAAGUUGACUUCUUUUCAGAAAUUUCCUUUGAAGGGUGAAUGUAUUAAGAUUCUGUACCGAGAGGCAGGAACCGAUGUCUAUUUGGAUUGCUUCUACUAUAGAAUUCUGUCAUAGAAACGUUAUUAGAUCAUGAAUACAGCGCUUUGAGAUUCAAAUUUGUUGAUUACUUAAGGCAGGUAAUAUAAUGGAUAGGUCAGACACAUCAGGUUUUGUGAGUGGUGGAGGUCGCCCGUUAGGGUUUAUUCUUGUUUUUUACAUUUUGAUUUAUAAAUUUUCCUUCUAGUCUUGUAACCUUCUAUUGGUAGGAGUUUUAGUUUCUCUCAUAAGAACAGUAUGUUUCCCUCUUUUGAUGGCAAGCUCUUAAAGAAUGGAAACACUAGGGACACCUCUUUACAAUUGGAUUGCCUUGGUUACGAAAGACCUGAAACUGCCGGGUUUGAGAACAGCCGAACCGAUAGUGUUCCAUGUAUUUAUGCGAAUGCUCCAGAUGAUGGGUGCAAAUUAGUGCUUGGAUUGGGCCCAGCGCCUAGUACAUACUUGGAUAACUUCUCAUCUUCGUGUGGCAACAAAAGCAAAGGACUGACAUCAGUAUCAUCAACUGAGCAUGAUUCAAUUCUAAAACUAGGUCUGUCAGGAGGCACCAACGAAGUUUCCAGAGCACUUGAUUUUUCAGCUUCCACAGAAUGUACUUCUCAAUUUUCUUUGGAUGGCAAUAGACUAGUGAUCCCUGUUGCCGACGAGGGUUCUACAUCCAGCAAGAAAUCCUCUGGUUAUCUGUCAAACUUUUUUCUUGCUCCAAGAUUGGAAAAAUCCAAAAUUUCAUUGACGGGAAAUACACUUCUAGAGCAUGGAGCAGCAUCUCAUUGCCAAUUUUCUCAGCUAAGUUCUGAACCUUCUGGUAGUUCUAAGUACUCGAUCAGUAUCCUGACAGAACCUGCAAGAGCUGCAGAAUCUUCAGAUCACAGGAUGAACAACACGAAAAGAUGCAAGUUUGCGGGAUGUAUGAAAGGGGCCCGUGGGGCAACAGGUCUUUGCAUUGGCCAUGGCGGUGGACAUAGAUGCCAGAAACCUGGGUGCAAUAAUGGGGCCGAAAGUAGGACUGUCUACUGUAAAGCCCAUGGAGGAGGGAGGAGGUGCCAGUAUCUGGGAUGCACUAAAAGUGCCGAGGGGAAAACAGAUAACUGCAUAGCACAUGGUGGUGGAAAACGCUGUGGUUAUCCAGAAGGGUGCACAAAAGCAGCACGUGGCAAGUCUGGUCUUUGCAUCAGACAUGGUGGAGGAAAGAGGUGUAAGAUGGUUGGCUGCACUCGCAGUGCCGAGGGGCAGAUUGGCCUGUGCAUCUCUCAUGGCGGUGGACGACGAUGUCAAUUUCUAGGUUGUAACAAGGGUGCUCAAGGGAGUACCAUGUUUUGUAAGGCACACGGUGGUGGAAAACGAUGCACGUUUACAGGGUGUACCAAAGGUGCCGAGGGAAGUACAUCUCUCUGCAAAGGGCAUGGUGGUGGAAAACGUUGUCUCUUCGAUGGUGGUGGGAUAUGCCCAAAAAGCGUGCAUGGAGGUACAAAUUUCUGCGUUGCCCAUGGUGGUGGAAAGAGGUGUGCUGUUCCAGGCUGUACCAAGAGCGCACGGGGUAGAACUGAUUGCUGUGUCAAGCACGGAGGUGGAAAACGUUGCAAGUUUGUAAACUGUGAUAAGAGCGCUCAAGGUAGCACUGACUUCUGUAAGGCCCAUGGUGGCGGAAAGAGGUGUAACUGGAGUGAGGGAAAAUGCGAAAAGUUUGCACGGGGAAAGAGUGGGUUAUGUGCUGCACAUAACAGCCUAAUUCAAGGGCAGGAGACUAGUAAAGGAGGAAUGCUCGGACAAGGACUUUUCCACGGAUUGGUUCCUGCUACUUAUAAUGCUAUAAGUAGCUUCGACAACACAUGCCUGUCCUCUGGAGUGAGUGUGAUAUCGGAUUCCAUAGACUCGAUUGAGAAGCGGCCGGCUAAAAGACACCAGCUUAUCCCACCUCAGGUAUUGGUUCCUCUGUCAAUGAAGGCCUCAUCGUCUGGCUCAAGACCAGUAGGUUCAAGACCAGGAGGUUCGGAGAAGCAAAAGGAAAUGAGCACUAGGUUUAACAUCGGCAGCAGCAGCAUUGAUUUUGUGGGUCCUGAAGGGAGGGUCCACGGUGGUGCAUUCAUGUCGUUACUCAGGGGAAACCUGAAGAACGGGAUUAACGGGAUUUGAAUUGGUUCUACCGAACCUUCUAUUUGUAAUUUAUAUGUUCAUGGUUAUGAAAUUCUUGAUAUUAAUCCUUGUAUGAACACUUGCAAUAUUGACACUAAAUGUAAGUUGUUCAGCAUCGUCCAAAACUUAUUUGUAUGUUCAAUAAUUUGUAAUAUUAUGCAUAAAUCUUCUAUUGAUGGUA